AUGGUCUUCCAAUUCCACCGGCUCCGCCAUGUCAGCACAACCCGUCCACCUCCUCAAGCGUUCAGCACUGCAAGACGACAUUCUCCACACCUCGUGGCCAGCAAAUCUUCCCACGGCCACGAACCGACUGAGUCCCCGACCGUCCCCCCGCAGACGCAGGCUCUCCAGCGUCAGCAGCUCGAAUUCUGCUGCAUAGUGUGUGGAUGGGACGUCGCGUGCAGCACGUGCCCCUUCCAGUGGUUCGGCUUUGAUGCAAAAACGAUCCGCUCGAAGCGUCGAAGCCGAAGCCGAACGGGACAUACAGACGCUGACGUGCCCACCACAAGAGCGCACGAGCGCGACCUCAAACAGGCAAUGGACAUACUCGAGAUCAGGUCAUCAGCGGGUAGGAAUGGAAUCGCAACGGAGCUGCCCACGCUGCAGCAGGUGAAAGACGCGUUCCGAGCCAAAGCCCUCGAGUGGCAUCCCGACUGCAACUCCGAUCCGCGCGCCCGAACGCAGUUCCCCAAACUGCUGCGCGCCUACGAACUGCUACGUCAGUACGCUCGCUAG